AUGGCGUCGGCCACAAAGGACAGCGCAAACCAAGCCAACGAAGAGAGCGACUCUGAGCUUCACAUCAAGCACCUUCGCGAGGACGAAGACCUCGUGAUUGAUGGGGAAACAGCUGUGGAUGACAUGCUGGUGGCCCAGCGCAUCGCGCAGCAGGAGGUCUUUGCGGAGCAGGUCCUUCAAGAUGAUGCAGGGACUGGAAGCCAGGCACGGCGGAAGGCUCCCUCAUCAGAAGACGUGCAGAAGCUGCUGCGGCUGUUGAAAGAAACGAGCAAGCUUACCUCCAAGAUCGGCGAGCUGCCGAGCCACUUCGAUGCCGUCGUCUCCCCAGAGGUGCGGGAGGCAUGCCGCGCCGCGUCGGAGGCUGUCACCAAGGUACCACUUCCAGACUCCCAGGAACAGGCGGAGCCGCAGUGCGCCGUGGGUGAAGAAGAUUGGGGUCCAGGCCAAGAGAAGUCUGCAGAGGCGCUGGCAGCAGUGGAUCUGCAAAGCACGGACGAGGAGACUGCUGGGGCAGCACCAGACGCGCCGGCUCAGGAACCAACCCAGGCUGCCGCAGUUCCCGAGCCUGGGAAAGAAGUCCCAGACAGAGGGGAUGCCCGGGGUGAUGACGACGAGGAUGAGGAUGACGCGAACAACAAGGAGCCCACGCAUCCGGAGCAGGCCACAAAGAAUGGCGAGGAACAGACCUUUACCCGGACAGCACCUGAAGAUGAGGAGGGAGCUCCAGUGAUCAAUGUAUCACAGCUGCCUGAGAAGCUGGAGGCCAGCGCAUCGAAGGAAGCGAUCGGCAAGGUGCGGUCGGUCGUGGACGAGCUGGUCUGCGUCCAGGGCGAAGAAGACGGCAAGGCUUUGGACUUGGGCUCCAUUGUUUGCCUGGCAGACGGGCGGGUUCUGGGUGCUGUGGUGGACGUGUUCGGCCCGAUCUCCGUGCCACAUUAUCUCGUGUUGCCAUCGGAGUUUUGCAAGAAGGACUUGCCUGCUGUUGGUGAUGCCGUGCUGGCCGCCACUGGCAUGGAGGAGACCUCCUUCCUUUGUGACAGCGCCGAUCUCUCAGCGCUGCGCAAGCAGCUGGGGGAUGACGGCAGCGACGAGGACAGUGAUCUCGUGGAUGGCGAGGAGACGGAGAGCGAAGAGCAAGAAUUCAGCUGCUUAGGUGCGGCUGCAUUGGAAGCAGCAGCACGAGGAAGCACUUCAGGCGGUGUAUGGAAGGAUCCGGACGCCAAUCCGAGACAACGAGAGCCUGAUGCGGCGAACCAUGAAAAAUCUGCCUGGAAAUCUAAAAACAGCCAAUGGGAACGUUGGCAUGACUGGAGCCAGAACAGCGGAGAAGGAGGCUCAGCCCCUUCCAAGCCACCUUCACGCAGCUACGAGAGACCGGCGGCCUCUCGCCAAGACGAGAGUCAGUGGCGGGACAGCUCCUGGACCGACGGACACUGGAGAGAGGGCGGCUGGUCCAAGGACCGGUCCAAGGACCGGUCCAGGGACCGGUCCAAGGACUGGUCCAAGGACUGGUCGAACCGCUCCAACGAUUGGAGGGAGCCCAAUGAACGAGAGGGGUCUGAACGGCGCGCGCCGCGCCUCGAGACCUUACCACCGCCACCGGUGCCCGGGCGGGCUGCGCCCAGCUUGCCUGCGCCACCGCCGCCGCCUCCACCGCCACCCCCGCCUGCGCCGCCUUCGAAGGAGGAUGGAUGGGACACCCCAGGCAGGGGAAGAUACUGCCCGGGUGACCGGCGACCUGCAGAGUGGCAUUCAGAGCGACCGCGGCCGUCGAAGAACCCUCGUCUAAGUGAUUGA